GGACUGAGAGACGCUACCGAACAGGAAGCGCUGCCACCGAGCCAGGAGCCGCUUCCCUCAGCAAGCGAGAAGAGGGCAAAGUCUGGGCUGGUGAGAGCGAGGAGGGGCGGCACCAGCGACCGGAUUCCUCCCUUCGGACCCCUCCGCCCCCUUACAAAUCCGCCGGGAACUCCGCGCGGCCCUCCCGCCGUGUAGCUCCUGGCUCCAGGAGCCCCGGAGGGCUGCUGAGGAUGUCGGGCGGCGGCGGCAGCCGGGAAGAGGAGCGGCGCAAGCUGGCCGACAUCAUCAACCACUGGAACGCGAACCGGCUGGACCUGUUCGAGAUCAGCCCCCCCACCGAGGAUCUGGAAUUCCAUGGAGUUAUGAGAUUUUAUUUUCAAGACAAAGCAGCUGGAAAUUUUGCAACAAAAUGUAUCCGUGUGUCUAGCACUGCUACAACUCAGGAUGUAAUAGAAACACUUGCAGAGAAAUUUCGGCCGGAUAUGCGGAUGUUAUCAUCCCCUAAAUACUCACUUUAUGAAGUGCACGUCAGUGGAGAAAGAAGAUUGGAUAUAGACGAGAAACCUUUAGUUGUACAAUUAAAUUGGAACAAAGAUGAUCGAGAAGGAAGAUUUGUACUCAAGAAUGAAAAUGAUGCACUUUCUGCAAAGAAGGCUCAAAGCAAUGGCCCUGAAAAACAAGAAAAAGAAGGAGUGAUUCAGAACUUCAAACGAACUUUAUCAAAAAAAGAAAAGAAGGAAAAAAAGAGGCGGGAUAAAGAAGCAUCACGGCAAGCUUUAGAUGGUGAUGGGCUGUUUCAUGGGGAUGAUAUUGAGAAUUCUCGCCUUGCAGCAGAGGUCUACAAAGAUAUGCCUGAGACCAGUUUCACACGAACAAUAUCUAAUCCAGAGGUGGUAAUGAAACGACGGAGACAGCAAAAGCUAGAAAAGAGAAUGCAAGAGUUCCGGAGCUCUGAUGGCAGACCAGAUUCAGGUGGUACAUUGAGGAUUUAUGCAGACAGUUUGAAACCAAAUAUACCAUACAAGACAAUCCUGCUAUCUACCACAGAUACAGCAGACUUUGCAGUUAUUGAAGCACUGGAGAAGUAUGGUCUCGAAAAGGAAAACCCCAAGGACUACUGUAUUGCUCGUGUCAUGCUUCCUCCUGGUGCUCAACAUUCUGAUGAUAAAGGUGCUAAGGAAUCUAUUCUUGAUGAUGAUGAGUGCCCACUUCAGAUAUUCAGGGAAUGGCCAAGUGACAAAGGGAUACUGGUCUUUCAGUUGAAAAGGCGACCACCUGAUUAUGUUCCAAAGAAGUUGAAGAAACAAUUUGAUGGAAAGCCAUUAAAGGGGAAGGAAAGAGUUGACGGGUCUGGUUAUGGCUCUUCCCUUCCUCCAGAGAAGCUACCUUAUCUGGUUGAACUAAGUCCCGGGAGAAGGAAUCACUUUGCCUACUUCAACUAUCACACUUAUGAAGAUGGCUCUGACUCAAGAGAUAAACCAAAGCUCUAUCGUCUGCAGUUAAGUGUGACAGAAGUUGGUACAGAAAAAUUUGAUGACAACUCCAUACAGUUGUUUGGUCCAGGAAUUCAGCCUCAUCAUUGUGACCUCACUAAUAUGGAUGGAGUUGUUACAGUUACCCCAAGAAGCAUUGAUGCCGAGACUUAUGUAGAAGGUCAGCGGAUCUCAGAGACCACUAUGCUACAAAGUGGUAUGAAGGUUCAGUUUGGGACCUCUCAUGUAUUUAAAUUUGUGGAUCCCAUUCAAGAUCACAUUCCUAAAGGACGUCUAGAUGCAGGACACAUGGUGAAAAGUUCACGACUCAAACCUGGAGCUGUACAGGAAACUACAUUUGACUUAGAAGGAGAUGUCCAUAGUGGAACAGGAUUGCCUGCAAGCAAGAGUACCAACAGAUUGGACAGUGACAGAAUGUCGGCAUCCAGCACAGCUGAACGAGGCAUGGUCAAGCCAAUGAUCAGAAUAGAACAGCAGGAUUACCACAGGCAGGAUGGCAGACCUCAGGACGCACAUGGACCUGAAUUGAUAUUACCUGCAAGCAUUGAAUUCAGGGAAAGCUCUGAAGAUUCCUUUUUGUCUGCCAUUAUAAAUUACACCAAUAGCUCAACAGUUCAUUUUAAGCUGUCGCCUACAUAUGUUUUGUAUAUGGCAUGUCGGUAUGUAUUGUCGAGCCAGUACAGACCUGACAUCAGUCCUGCUGAACGUACUCACAAAGUUAUUGCAAUAGUCAACAAGAUGGUGAGCAUGAUGGAAGGAGUUAUACAGGAGGUAGACCAGGUUGAUCAGAAACAGAAGAAUAUUGCAGGGUCACUUGCUUUCUGGAUGGCAAAUGCAUCUGAGCUGCUAAACUUCAUUAAACAGGAUCGAGAGCUUAGCCGAAUCACCUUAGAUGCGCAAGAUGUUUUGGCACACCUAGUUCAAAUGGCAUUCAAAUAUCUGGUUCAUUGUCUUCAGUCAGAGCUUAACAACUACAUGCCUGCAUUUCUUGAUGAUCCAGAAGAAAAUAAUCCUCAAAGGCCUAAAAUAGAUGACGUCUUGCAUACGCUGACUGGAGCCAUGUCCCUGCUGCGGCGAUGUAGAGUGAACGCUGCAUUGACCAUACAGCUCUUUUCCCAGCUGUUCCACUUUGUCAACAUGUGGCUUUUUAACCGAUUGGUUACUGAUCCAGAUUCAGGAUUGUGUUCACAUUACUGGGGAGCCAUCAUCCGGCAGCAGCUGGGGCACAUUGAAGCCUGGGCAGAAAAGCAGGGCUUGGAGCUGGCUGCUGAUUGUCAUCUCAGUAGGAUAGUACAAGCAACUACUUUACUUACUAUGGAUAAGUAUUCACGUGAAGACAUUCCAAAUAUCAACAGUACCUGCUUUAAACUCAAUUCUCUACAACUGCAUGCAUUGCUACAAAAUUAUCAUUGUGCCCCAGAUGAGCCAUUUAUUCCAACCGAAUUAAUAGAAAAUGUUGUAGCGGUGGCAGAAAAUACCGCAGAUGAGCUGGCUCGAAGUGAUGGUAGAGAAGUACAGUUAGAAGAGGACCCUGAUCUACAGCUACCCUUUCUUCUGCCAGAAGAUGGUUACUCAUGUGAUGUUGUCAGAAACAUCCCAAAUGGGCUGCAAGAAUUUUUAGAUCCACUUUGCCAAAGAGGUUUCUGCAGAUUGACACCUCAUCCACGUUCACCAGGAACUUGGACAAUAUAUUUUGAAGGUGCAGAUUAUGAAAGUCAUCUGUUGCAAGAUAAUGCUGACCUGGCUCAUCCCUUGAGGAAGGAACCUGAGAUAAUCACUGUGACACUAAAGAAACAAAAUGGGAUGGGUCUGAGCAUUGUGGCUGCUAAGGGGGCUGGUCAAGAUAAACUUGGAAUCUAUGUCAAAUCUGUGGUCAAAGGUGGUGCUGCAGAUGUGGAUGGACGACUGGCUGCAGGGGAUCAGUUACUUAGUGUGGAUGGACGCAGUUUGGUUGGACUAUCCCAAGAGAGGGCAGCAGAGCUGAUGACAAGAACAGGAUCAGUAGUGACUCUAGAAGUAGCAAAACAAGGAGCAAUUUAUCAUGGUUUAGCAACUUUGCUUAACCAGCCGUCUCCAAUGAUGCAAAGAGUUUCAGACCGCCGUGGCUCAGGAAAACCCCGACCAAAGAGUGAAGGAUUUGAGCUAUAUAACAACUCCGCUCAGAAUGGAUCCCCUGAGAGCCCCCAGUUGCCUUGGACAGAAUAUAAUGAACCAAAGAAAUUGCCAGGGGAUGACAGACUGAUGAAAAAUCGAGCUGAUCACCGAUCUAGUCCCAAUGUAGCAAACCAGCCUCCAAGUCCUGGGACCAAGAAUGCAUAUGCAGCUGGAACCACUAACAAGAUAACAUCAGUGUCUACGGGAAAUCUUUGCACAGAGGAACAGAUUCUACCACCCAGACCGGAAGCAUAUCCUAUCCCAACACAAACUUACACUAGAGAAUAUUUCACAUUCCCAGCCUCCAAAUCCCAGGAUCGAAUGGGUCCUGCUCAGAAUCAGUGGUCGAGUUAUGAAGAGAAACCCCAAAUUCCACCUGAAAGUAAUCAUUAUAUCAGUGUUGCAAUGCAGCGUGUAACGCGUUCUCAGGAGGAACUACGAGAUGAUAAAGUUUAUCAGCCAGAAAGGAGUCGACUAGAAGUUGCCAUACGAAAAGAUGUGGAAUAUAUUGAUCGCAAAUCAGACAGUGAUCCAUGGAUGAAUUCUUCUGUGGAUUCUAGCACAUCAAGCCAAGAGCAUCUAAACCAUUCCUCUAAAUCUGUUCCCCCUGGUUCUUCUUUAACCAAAACUGGACCUGGUCGCUGGAAAACUCCUAUUGUUUCUCAACCAGUAUCACUAGUGACUUCCCAGUCCACCAGAACCGACCUUCCUCCCCCUCCCCCUCCUCCACCAGUGCACUAUUCAACUGACUUUGAUGGGCUGCAAAUGGAUUUGCCUCUUCCGCCACCGCCACCACCUCCAAGCCAGUUGGGGCCACAGUCAUCAUCUCAGGUUGCUGCUGCAGAACGCAAAAAGAGAGAAGAACAUCAAAGGUGGUAUGAAAAAGAGAAAGCCCGUUUAGAGGAAGAGCGAGACAGGAAGCGUCGGGAGCAGGAAAGAAAACUGGGGCAAAUGCGUUCCCAGCCACUAAUUCCUGCGCAGUCCCUACUUCCUCCAGUUUCAGUUCAGCAGGUGAAACCAGAAAAGCCUUCAACAUUGCAGAGAUCCCAGGAAACUGUCAUUAGAGAAUUACAGCCCCAGCAGCAACCCCGAACCAUUGAGCGAAGAGAUCUGCAGUACAUCACCAUCAGCAAAGAAGAGUUGUCCUCUACUGAUAGCUUAUCUCCUGACCCUUGGAAACGAGAUGCGAAGGAGAAGCUGGAGAAGCAGCAGCAGAUGCACAUUGCAGACAUGCUGAGCAAAGAGAUUCAGGAUCUUCAAAAUAAGCCAGAUAGAACAGCUGAAGAGAAUGACCGCCUGCGCAAGCUCAUGCUGGAGUGGCAGUUCCAGAAACGACUCCAAGAGUCAAAGCAAAAAGAUGAUGAUGACGACGAUGAAGAAGAUGAUGAUAUUGAUACUAUGCUGAUUAUGCAGCGACUGGAAGCUGAGAGAAGAGCAAGGCUACAGGAUGAAGAGCGUAGACGGCAGCAGCAGUUGGAAGAAAUGCGUAAAAGGGAAGCAGAAGACAGGGCCAGGCAAGAAGAAGAGCGCCGGCGCCAAGAGGAGGAGCGGACAAAGCGAGAGGCUGAACAAAAGAGGCGACAAGAAGAAGAAUAUUACAAUCGCUUGGAAGCUGAAAGGCGCCGUCAGCAUGAUGAGGCAGAACGGAGAUUGCUGGAGCCCGAUGAGCCUGGUCUGUACAGACCUCCGCUUCCACGGGAAUAUGAAUUCCCACCCUUGCCCCCUUCAUCUAAUGCUCCUCCUCCCCCACCUCAGCGAAACACCUCUUACCUCAAAACACAGGUCCUCUCCCCAGAUACGCUUUAUACUGCCACGUUUGUUUCAUACAAUGAUGAGGAGGAGGAGGAUUCCUGUCUAGCAGCAGGCUCAAACUACACUGGAUCUACUGGAGCAAUUGCAGGCCCACAUGAACCCUUCCGGGACCUGAGAGAGAAAAAAGCAAAAAGUCAAGAUGCAGAUUUACCUGGUGCACCAGAAAACUUGACUUUUCGGGAACGUCAGAGACUCUUUUCCCAGGGUCAGGAUGUGUCCAACAAAGUUAAGGCAUCUAGGAAAUUAAUGGAAUUGGAAAAUGAAUUAAACACAAAAUAGGAUUAAAGGCACCUUAUGAAACAUAAUCCGAAGAAUAUCUGUGGGACUAGGGAAGGGGCUGUUCAAGAAGGGAGAAGUGUCUUCUGACAAUUGAAAUGGAAUCUCAACAUCUGGAUGGUUGAGAUUUAGAUAUGUUGCAAUGGCAAGAAAAACAUUUUUUCCCCAAGAGCUUGUGUUUAUUCAAUGAAAGCACUGUAAAAUGUAUUUUAAUUAUAUGAAUCAAAUGUCAUUAUGUCCUUUCUCCACACCCUUUCCUUUCUUUGAGGAUUUAACUACUUCUGCAAAGGUCCUGGAUCACACUUACUGAAGAAUUGUUGCUUCCUUGUCUUACAAAAAAUACUUUGUUAGCUGCUACACAGAUAAAGUGGCUAUAGCUUGAACUGCCUAAACUAAACUCUGCACUGGCUUGUUGCACUCUAGAUUGUUUGAUUCAAAGUAUGAGGUGGUAGACAGUUUACUAGCAUAUCACUAAAAACUUGUGGUUAGAGUCUGGGUUUCCUUGGAUAUUCUCUUGCAGUAAAAACAGAAUUGAAUACUCUGAAACUAAAAGGGCUGUGUUAGCACAUUUUAAUCCUUAGACACAGAGUGAUAUCUAUAUUCAUAGAGUUUUGGGGACAUGAAAUACUUGACUUGAUUUAUAUUGGUGACAGUCCAGUGAUGUGAUAAAACAUGCACCCUGGAUUUUCCAGCUCUUCUUCCUUCAUCCCUACACUUGAGCUGUAAACUACUUUUAAAACUUGAGUUGUGAAAUCCUUGGUAAGAGCUGAAAGAAGAGAUUGGUAAAAUGUAGAUGGACGCAUAGGAAUGGUGUGUGUGUGUGUGUGUGUGUGUACAUGUAGAUUGAGAAUACAGUGUUUUAAAACUAUGUAGAAAUUCCAGACUUAAGCAAUAGGGAAUGAGUUUCUUCUGGUAGCUCCCAUUGUAGCUAAGACAAAACCAAAGUUAGAUGUUAAAAGGACUAGAAGAUUUCCAGUACUAAUAGAUAGCGUAUUAAGCACUACUUCCAGAGGGACAUGGUUACUAUGACUGUGAUAAGAAAGAUGAAAGUAUUGUCUGCCAAGAAUAAUUUUACUGCGGUGGCCUGGCAGCACAUCACUUGUCCUUCAUGUUGAGAAGUGCUGGUCAAGCAGCCUUUGGUUUACUAGCAUCCUCUUUCUAUAUAUUGUAAUAUUGGCAGUUCAAGCUAUCUUUCACACUAUAUUGCAGCAUUAUUUAAUUUUUAAGCAGUUGAAAUCUUUUUUCUCCCACAGUUCCUGUAUGGCUGAUGUUGAGAAUAAGGACCUCAUUAGAGUUUGUUUCUCAUUGUGUGAUGUUUAAAACAAUAUAUUAUAUUGUGAUUCUAAGCAAAUUUUCUAUUUGAUAAAGCCCUUAAUUGGGUUUUAGAUGAUUUUUAUGUAUAAUAUGUUAUCUUAUAAAUAUAUAUUUAGGGAAUUAUGCACACUUCCAAAUGCAAAGGGUAGACUUUCACUGCCUUAGAAAUCACUUUUAAUAAGAGUUGUAUGAUAAAUAAAUGCAAGUUAAUGAUAUUAAAAUUGGAGUGUAAAUAUUUUUUUUUACAUAUUUCAGGUUUCUUAUUUGAAAGUGUGCUUUUACCGUUCACCUGUUAAAUAUGAAGUAGGAGAUUAAAUUGGUUGAAAGUGUUAAUGAAGGAUUUGCAUGCUUGCUAUAUCUGUUAAUCAGGAAAAGCAAGCCUCCCCCAAUUUAUCUUGAGAACACUAGAUAUUCUGUGGCUGGAAUACUGUUGCUGCUAGAACCUAAGCAAAGAAAUAUCACUUACCGUGGAGUGGAUUUGACUGCUACUGGGCAUUCAGGCCACAUGUGAAUAUGAGUAAAAGUGCUUUUCAUAACUGUCUGUGCAUUAUUAUGAAAAAAGAAACAUCAAAACUGCUGUAGUUUCCCAUUUCUACUGUAUUUCACUUGCAACCUAUUUU